AUAAUCAUAUAUUAAAAGAAUUAAUCGAUCACAAUCAAGGCUUAUUUAUAUUAUUUAUAUGAAUAAUAUACAAAAAUUUAAAAGGGUUCGUUUAAAAAGGAGUUUUUCGAUUAAAUUAUUUAUGAUGAUCUUUAUGUAGUUUUUUUUUUUUUCCUUAUCGCUGAUCAAAAAAUCAUUAUAAUGUCAAAACCAAUACCAGGAGGUGGAAGAAUCGUAAUAGAUGUACCAAAAGAUGAAGAAGAUAAAAAAGAUGAAGAAAUAAAUGAAAAAGAUAAUAAAGAAGAAAUGACUGGAGCGGAAACUAUAAAGACUGGAUUAAGUAUACUUGAAACAGUUGGAAUUAAAGAUGAUUUAGAAAAAGAAGUACGAAAGAUCGAUCCUGAUACUCCCGAAGAAAUUUCAAAAGAAACUGAAUUAAUUACUGAAAGAAUUAAUAAACUUGAUAUAUUAAUUACUAUAGGUCUUUAUUAUACAUCAUUAGCUAUGGAUUGGUUAACUUUAUUAGGAGAAUCUACUUCAGUACAAAGUUUCUUUUUUGAUUUAUUCUUGGGAAGUUUUGAUAUACCAGAAUGGGAUUUUGGUGAUUUAACAGUUGUAGCAAAAAUAAGUGGUAUGACAACUACUUUACAAACUUCUAUAUUUUUAAUUAGUGGUUUUAUAAAUGUAGGUGCUAAAAUAUUAAAUAAACCUGUACCUAAUAUAGUGGGUGGUCCAAUGUAUUUUGGUGGUCCUUUUCAAAUAGUUUACGCUUUAAUGCCAAAAGCAAAAGAUUAUACUGAAUCUAUUAAAAGUUUAGAUGCUAAAAUUUCUCAAUGGUUGGGUUUUAUAAGUCAAGUAGUUAUUAUAGUAGCUGCUAUUUUUGCUGCUGCUAAUAGAGUACAAGCUUUGGAUCCUUUCAUUCAUGGUGAUGAAACUUUAAUUGGUAGUGGUUAUACUCCUAAACCAAAUUCUGAAGAUCAAUUUGGUGAUGUUAUUUCUCCUUCAAAUACAACUCAAGUUACUUUGGCUGUUCAAAAUGCUGCUUUAUUCGCUAGAGCUACUUAUAUUGUUUCUGUUGUAGCUAUUAUUAUGACUUCACUUUUAAAUAUUAUUCAAUGGUUGGCUGAUGUUUGGAGAGUUAAUAAAGGUGAAUUACUUGUUUAUUUCAUGUUUAAAUUAAUUACAAGGGCUUUAAUGUGUCAACCUUGUCUUGGUGAUAAAUGUUUAGAUGGUAUAGGAAAGGGUAAAAAAGGUGGUAUGGGUAAAAAAAGUGGAAAAGUUGGUAAUGUUGGUUCUCGUGGUUUAUCACGUAGUAUUCCUUCUAAACUUAAAAAAUCUCCAUUAAAAUCUUCUCCUUUAAAAGAAUCAAUGACAAUUCCAUUAUCGGAAAAAUCUGAUGAAAAAUCUGAAAGUUCAACUUCUUUAUCUAGUGUAACUGAAAAAGAAAAGGAUGAUCAAUCAUUAUUAUCACCUGAUCAAUCUUCUUCAAAAAAAUUGGGUAGGGUUCGUUCAAUGAGAAGAAAAUAAAAUUAAUUUAAUAAAAAAAAAAAACAAUUGAUAUACAGAAUAUAUUUAAAAGAUUAGAUUAAAAUUAAAACAAGAUUU